AUGGUCUGUAGCUUCAGUGAAGGGACACUGAGCCCAGAGUGUGCCGUCACAUCCCAGUGCAAAGCGGAAGCGCUUGAAGAUUCAGGAAUGUGCUCUGUUUUUUAUAGUCAGGUAGAUCGAGUUCGUCGUAGAAAACAACAGACGCUGCGUAAAAGCAAUGGAAGCCCUCAAGAUCCUGCGUACUCGGAAAGACGAAUUAGUGGUUUCUUUUGCCUCAUGCCAAAAGAUGGAAAAUGA